GCAUUUCUGCCAACUUAGCAGACUGGGUGUGUGUCUGGUUGAAACCUGCUGCUGGAGUCUUUAUUAUUAUGCCUUCAUGGAGCAGGAAGGAUGAUGCAGGCUGAGGAAAACUCAGUGCAACUUGAAUCUGAGAACUGAUGGAACGGGGAGUUAAGUCUUACGUCCAUCCAGACUGCCAUGCCUGUAUUGGAGGUGAUCUGCAGCCUGAUUGGCUGGCUGUGCCUCUACCUGUUGUUCUGCUCCACCUUCUCUCAGCGAGGGCCCGAGUGGAACUGCCGCUUGGUCACCUUGACCCAUGGGGUCAUCAUAGUGCUGCUGACAGCAUACGUUGUGUUUGUUGACGGUCCCUGGCCCUUCACACAUGCAGGUACAGAAAACACUGACCUCCAGAUAUUUGCCCUGGCAGUUUGCCUCGGCUACUUCUUCUUUGACCUGGGUUGGUGCGUGUGCUACCGGAGCGAGGGCCCAGUCAUGCUGGCUCAUCACGCCGCGAGCAUCGUGGGCAUCUUCCUGGCGCUGCUGAUGGGCGUGUCGGGCUGUGAGACCUGCGGGGUGAUCUUCGGUAGCGAGAUCACCAACCCACUGCUGCAGAGCCGCUGGUUCCUCCGCCAGCUCGGACUCUACGACAGUAUGUUGGGCGACGCCGUGGACCUGCUCUUCAUCCUGCUGUUCGCCACGGUGCGUGUCGGCGUGGGGACCGUCAUGUUUUACUGCGAGCUCACUUCGCCCAGGACUUUGCUGAUAAUGAAGCUCGGCGGCGUGGUCAUGUAUUUGCUAGCCUGGGUGUUCAUGGUGGACAUCGCCAGGUUCGGCUACAAGAAGACCAGGGCCAAAUACAGGAAGUGGAUGGAGAACCACCAGCUCAAAGGCACGAGCGAAGAAAAACCAGUUGGCCACGCAGACAAGAGUGAUUGAAAAGACUAACUCAACCGCUUUCACAUGUUUUUAACACGCUCCAUGUUUUUUUUUUUUUUUUUUUUUU